AUGGCGACCAAUGAGAACAAGCUGGCUUCAAUUUUGAUGGCCUUCUUUAAGAUCUUGUUGUUGUUGGAAAAACUCUUCGUCUCGACCUGUCCACGGCAUGAAACAUUCCGCGCCAACAAUGAAUCAUCAAAGAAAUCUCGAAAAGGCAGUGCUCGAAAAGGUACUCGAUCAUCAGGUGGUCAUGGCGAUGAGAAGAAGGAGGAGGAACACUUUAGCAACAGCAGCGACAACAAAGUAUCAUUGGAAGAUGCCUUCAAGUAUUUUGCAAUCGAUAAUCACAAAAAAGCCACUCGAGAAGCUGUGAAAAAGAAGUUUCGACGGCUUAGUCUUGUGCACCACCCAGAUCGGAAUAAUCAAUCUGAAGAGAGUGUCAAAGAAAUGCAGAAAAUCAACCUCUUCUAUGAACUAUUAGAACAGGAAUUUGACAGAAGAGAAGGCAAAAACGGCCUUCACAGCGAGAACAUUCCAGAGGAGGGCACCGAAGAUACGACCGAACCGGAUCCAUGUGAUCCCGAUGAAAAGGAAGAAACUGGAGCUCGAAGCAACAGCUUUAUUUUGUCGUCACGAUACUACUUCCACCAGCUGUUGGGAAAGUAUAUUUGCGUCAGGUGGUACGAGACGGCGCUUAUCAGUCUUGCAGCCAUAUAUAUACAAAACGCAGACGUAGAAGUUUCAUGUCGUGAGCUGUAUGAUUUCGUGGAUUGGUGGUUUCUUUUCAAGAAUAUCGCAUUGGAAGGUUGUGGCAUCAUUAUCACGCGUGUUCUCAAUUUGUUCGAUGAGUUUGAGCCAACACCCAAGAAUCCACGCUUGAUACUGAUGAAAGACAUGAUUAUCCUGUGCAGUUGUACCCUUUUGCUUCGAUAUGCUACACGAAAUUUUGCCGAAUCAUCGAAAGAGGGAGCAAACAUCGGGGAUCCUUGA